UUUCCUUACUUGCAAUUCCGAACUUUACACUUCUAUACCCUCCUCUCCUCUGGCCCUAUCUGCAUCUCCUCCUCAUCCUCAUCUCCUUUUUGUUCUUGUUGUCCAUCUCCAUCUCAUCAUUUCUCCCUAGCACAGGAGUAUGCCUCAAUGUCCACAGAGAGGGAGAGACUCGAUGAGGUCGGCAAGAAGAUCAAGCGAGAACCGGACACCUCUGGCGUCGUAGUCGCCGCCGCCGCCGCCACCGGCACCGCUACCGCUACUGGCGCGCCGAUCGAGCACCGCGUCCCCCACCGCCUUGGCCUCGGCGGCGCCGUGAACACCGUGACCCCGUGCGCCGCGUGCAAGCUCCUCCGCCGGCGCUGCGCGCAGGAGUGCCCCUUCGCUCCCUACUUCUCGCCGCACGAGCCCCACAAGUUCGCCGCCGUCCACAAAGUCUUCGGCGCCAGCAACGUCUCCAAGAUGCUCUUGGAGGUCAGCGAGGCAGAGAGAGCCGACGCGGCGAGCAGCCUGGUGUACGAGGCCAAUCUGCGGCUGCGCGACCCCGUGUACGGGUGCAUGGGCGCCAUCUCGAUGCUGCAACAGCAGGUGAACGCGCUGGAGGCCGAGCUAGAAGCCGUCAGGACCGAGAUCUUCAAGCACAGAUACCGGCAGGCCGGCGCCGGCGUUCCCGGCCUCAUGGACGACGUCCAUGCCGCGGCCGUCUUCCCUUCUCCUGCUCCUCCGCCCAUCCAUGCCAGGGACGUGGUGUCAGUGGUGGAGGCCGGCGGGCAAGAGUUGACCGGGGCGCCGGUAAUCUCGGCGGCGGCGUCCCCGCCGGUGUAUGCUGCCGGACAGCCAUCAAGUACUACUGACUACGGCUCCCUCAACACAAGCUAGAAUGAUCUACCAGAGUACCAGUAGAGCAUGCGUGAUCCUUGAACUGAUAAUUAGAUUGGUGACGAGACCUACAAGGAUAGGUCAUGCGCUGAUGUGCACCAGUACAGUGACAUCUCCAUGGAUAUUAUUUGCUUAGGAGUAAUACAUAUCAAUUUCAUUGAUUAGUUCUUACUAUUCGAAAGAUAAAUUAACUUGAUACUUACAUGGUCACACCAUUGCCACUGGUUAGUUAGUUAUGCAUAUCAAUUUCUAGUCUUGUUCACAUAAUUUGGCAAUGGAUCAUUGCUCUCAAAUAGGCUACACUUGGACACAUGCACAGAACUUAUGAAACAUGCCACUGAAACUACUGUAGAUCUGUAGCAUAUAUAUGCACGUCUACACUAUAUGCAUCGUAACUCGCUUGUUCAAUCCUAAUGUAG